GGAGUCGCAGCACAAAAAAACUGCGAUUGAAUGUAGCAUCGCACGCUGCCCGCGCGAAGUGGGCCAGGUAUAGGGCGGCGCCAACAUUCACUUAUCGUCAGAUUUUGACAAUUUUGCGCGCCUUGAGAUGUCGUGUUUGUGACUCACCGCGGCUUGAGGUCGUCGCAAGGCGAAGUGGCAGAGAAAACGUUUUUAUGAUCCAAUGCAGCCGUUGUGGGCCAAUUUUUAAAUUUUAACUUGUAUGUAUGCAUUGGAAACAAGAAAAAAAGGUAGGCAAAGAUUUUUUAAGAUUUCUACUUUUCUACUCUGUCGACAUGUGCUAAGGGUAUGGGCUGCUGGUUGGAAUGUAGUGCACCAUCAUACACUUCCUGACUGGUUGAAGGAUAAUGAUUUUUUGCUGCGUGGACAUCGCACACCUACAAACUCUUUCGUAGCCUGCUUCAAGUCCAUCUUUCGCAUUCAUACAGAAACUGGCAACAUAUGGACACAUCUUCUAGGCAUGAUAGCAUUUUUAGGAAUUGCAGUUUACUUUGUCACCAGACCAACUAUUGAAGUUCAGUGGCAAGAAAAAGCUGUGUUUUCUGCCUUCUUCAUUGGGGCCAUUCUUUGUUUAGGAUUUUCCUGGAUUUUUCACACAGUGUACUGUCAUUCAGAACGAGUGGGCCGAUUCUUCAACAAGCUGGAUUAUUGUGGCAUAGCCCUGCUAACAAUCGGCUCUUUUGUACCCUGGCUAUACUACAGUUUUUAUUGCCGUCUGGAGCCUAAAAUCACCUACUUGGUCCUCAUCUUUGUUCUGGGUUCACUGUGUAUUGUGGUCUCUAUGUGGGACAAGUUUGCCCAGCCUCAGUAUCGUCCCCUCAGAGCAGGUGUGUUUGUGGCCCUGGGAUUAAGCGGUGUGAUCCCUGCAUUGCACUAUGUCAUCACUGAUGGGUUUUGGCAUGCUAUUCACAAGGCUGCUCUAGGCUGGUUGGUUCUUAUGGCCAUUCUCUACAUUCUUGGUGCUGUCAUCUACGCUGUUCGUAUUCCAGAACGCAUAUUUCCUGGAAAAUUCGACAUCUGGUUUCAGAGUCAUCAGAUCUUUCACGUUUUUGUCCUGGCAGCAGCCUUCGUCCACUACCAUGGCAUUUCAGAAAUAGCCAACUAUCGCCUGACACUGGGAGACUGUCUGGAAUCUAGAUCGGAAGUGAUGUAACCAAAGCAUCUAAAAUAAAAUGGACAACUUAGUUCAUGAUAUUAUUCCCUCA